CCACACCUGACACCUCCCGCCGCCCGUCGGCGAUUCUCAAUGGCCUUCGCCGGCAACGCCGACGACUCGGCGGAGGACUAUUCCGCGGAGGCCACCGUGGUGCGCUUCGACCCGCCGCUCCCUCUCCUCCGGGCGCCAGUCCCCUCCCCAGCAUCUAGCGGCGAGGGCCCCGUCCUCGCCUUCCGCGACGCCGCGAGCUGGCGAGCCGCCUGGGAGGCCGCCGAGGCCAGCCUCGUCUCCCAGUGCGAGGCCGGUGCAAGGUCAGGGUGCUCAGUCAGCGCAUCACGCAAGUGCAAGCCACCCUGGUGGAAACGCUUACUUGUAGUUGUAGCUGCUGCUCCUCCGACGGACUACGAGGAGAGGUCGAGAUGCGAGGAGCGCGAGAUGGCCGCCUGCCUGGAGGCGGCGAGGGAGGCCUGCGCUAAGUUCGCGAAGGCAAAAUGCGCGGGGCCAUUCCAGGACGCAAGGAUCGCCCACGAGGGCGUCCUAGCGAACACGGGUUUCGAUGUGUGGGGGGCCGCUGCUGACAAGAGUUCCUCAACGGCGGCGGCGGCCGCCUGUGCCCUGAACGGCCAGCCGCCGCGUGUGUAGCCCAGGUCCUGGUGGCGCGACAAACUACAGAAGGGAGCAAUGUAUGUGCUUGGCAGAUUGUGCAACCAAAAAGGUGACAGCGGCUCUGGACGGUGACCGCCCGUAGGCGCGCUGGAACAGUGUCCAGACAUGGCGCGAGUGGAGUCGGGAAUUUGGAAUCGGACGCGGCAAUCAUCAAAUGGCGGAACACGCGAGCGAGGCCCCCCCGGUGUUUGUUUGCAGUUGUGCUACACUGAAGGGUAGUUAGUUUCUGGGUGCUGGAAAUCUGUAGGGAGGGAGAAGGCACGGAGCGGAGGCCUUGUCCGCUGAGAGAGCAUGGGGUCUGUUUGGUUCA